GGACAGUGCUGGUCAGGAGGGCCCUGAACACUGAGCUUGUAAACAGGUGCUUGCAGUAAUAAGCGCUCCGUCAGCGUAGCAGGGAUAUUAAUGUGGAAGGGAAUACACUGAGGAAACCAUGAUCAUCAGAUUUAACUGGCUAAAGAGAGGUCUCUUCCUUUUGGGGAUGCUCUUCAUGUCGUCCCGACUCGUUCUCUCUGAGGAAGCGGCUGGAGAAGAGAAAGGAGUCACGUUCAGUCAUGUGUACAGGAUUGACUCUGGUUGUAAGCAGGGUUCCCAGGUCGGCCAGCUUUCACAGGACCAAGCUUCAGAUGGACAGACACUUACAGUAAAUGGAGAGAAUGACAUCGUCUUCAAGCACAACAUACGCCUGCAGUCAGCUGCCUGCGGGUGUGCGGAUUCAGAAGACUUCAAAUCUCUGUUAUAUCGUGUGAAUGGUCUGGAAGAGGAGGUGACUUAUCUAAAGAAUCAAUGCGCUCAGGGCUGCUGUAAAGGAGGAUCAGGUUUAGACACUAGCUGCAGUGGUCAUGGCACCUACCAGCACGAUUCAUGCAGAUGUAAGUGUAACCCAGGUUGGGAAGGUCCAGACUGCUCCAUCUCAUCCUGCCCCGACGAAUGCAACGAUAAUGGCCGCUGUGUUGAUGGACGCUGCGUCUGCUAUGAAGGCUACACCGGCCAUGACUGCAGCCAGCUCACGUGCCCCGACGACUGCAACGAUAAAGGCCACUGCGUGGAUGGCAAAUGCGUGUGCUUCAGCGGUUUCUCUGGAGAAGACUGCAGCGUCGCCAGUUGUCCAAAUAACUGCGUAGGAAAUGGACGCUGCGUGGAUGGACAAUGCAUCUGUGAUGAGGGAUUCUUUGGACAAGACUGCUCCAUGGUUUUAGGUCCAAAGGGUCUCCGUCUGAUCAAGGUUACAGAUGUGUCUCUGCUGGUGGAGUGGGAGUCUGUCAAAGGAGCUGAGUACUACAUCCUGUCCUACUAUCCAAAAGGAGACAAGGGAGCCAUUAAAGAGGUCCGGGUGGAAAACACGAAAAACUCCUACUUAAUCACCGGCCUCAGGCCCGGAGUCACUUACAUUGUGCAGGUGUACGCUGUCAUCAGAGGCAUUAACAGUGAAUCCGACCAGAUAGAGGCCACGACUGAGGUCUCUGGGGUCGAUGGUAUCAAGGUUUUGGGCCAGACAGAAGACUCCAUCCAGGUGGACUGGAAGAACCCUGCCACUGCAGUGGACUACUUCAAACUGACCCAUGCUAGCCCCGAUGGACAGGAGGGACGGGAGAAAGUGGCAAUGAGCCAGGAGGCCAGGACCGUGCACACCAUUGUAGGUCUCAACCCAGGAACAGAAUAUCAGAUAUCAGUGCAAGCAAUCAAAGGUGAAAUGGAAGGCAAACCAUCUCGCGCCACAGGAGUCACAGACAUUGACGCUCCAACCAAUCUGGCAACCAGGGAGGUGACGGAGACCUCGGCAACUGUGACGUGGGAUGCCGUUCGCGCUGAUAUCGAAGGCUACAUCCUGACCUACAGCUCUGCCGAGGGCACCAGCAAACAAAUUAAAGUGAGAGCGGAUGCUACCUCUCACCAGCUGACCUCUCUGAAGCCGGGAGUCCUGUACACGGUUUUCCUCUGGGCCUAUAAGGGCUCUCGCUCCAGCAGGAAGAGCAAGACCGAGGCUGAGACGGAAAUAGACGCUCCUACUAACCUCUUAACCAAAGAGGUGACAGAAGACUCGGCAUUGGUGACGUGGAGAAAGGUCCAGGCGGACAUCGACGGCUACAUGCUGAGCUACAGGUCUGUCGAUGGAUCCAGUCAGGAUAUUCCAGUGGGAGCUGACAGCACGUCCUUUAGGUUCACUGGUCUGAAGCCUGGAGUUGUCUACACGGUCCACGUCUGGGCAGUGAAAGGCUCUCGAUCCAGCAGAAAAGCCACAACCGAAGCCGAAACAGAGAUUGAUGCGCCCAAGAAUCUCAAAGCCGUCGAUGUUCAGACGCAGACGUCCACUAUAACAUGGAGCGCUCCUCUGGCUAACAUCGAUGGAUAUAUUCUGACAUACAAGGCCGAGGAUGGAAGCAUUGAGACUGUGGAGAAACAUUUGACUGCAGGAGAGACUAGGCUUGCUCUGUCUGGACUUGCAAUGGGGAAAAAGUACAUUGUCAGCAUUAUUGCAUACAGAGGAUCAAAGAGGAGCAGAAUAGUGGAGACGGUGUUUAGCACAGUUGGGCUCGUUUACCCGUUCCCCAUGGACUGCACUCAGAUGAUGAGAAAUGGCCACUUGGAGAGUGGAGUCUAUACGAUCUAUGUCAAUAACAACAGUAGUAAAACCAUGCAGGUGUACUGUGACAUGACCACCGAUGGUGGCGGCUGGGUGGUCUUCCAGAGAAGAAACACAGGCAAACUAGAAUUCAUGAGGCGAUGGAGAGAGUAUAUGAAAGGCUUCGGAGAUCUGACCGAGGAAUUCUGGCUUGGCUUGGAAAAGAUUCACGAUCUGACCAACACGCCUACUCAGUACGAGGUGCGUUUCGACAUCGGCUCGGGAUCGGAUCGGGUCUACGCAGUCUACGAUAACUUCAAAAUAGCGCCAGCCAAACAGAAGUUUAAACUCACCAUUGGCAACUACAAAGGAAACGCUGGCGAUGCCAUGACUUAUCAUCAGGGGGGAUCUUUCUCGACGGUGGACGCAGACAAUGACAUUGCACUUGGAAACUGUGCUCUGACUCACCAAGGCGCCUGGUGGUAUAAGAACUGCCACCUGGCCAACCUGAACGGCAGAUUGGGCGACAACAGGCACAGUAUGGGAGUAAACUGGGAGCCAUGGAAGGGUCACCUGCACUCUCUUGACUUCUCCGAGAUUAAGAUCCGGCCCGUGGGAGCGGGAAGCAGAAAUAAGAGAUCUCUGAAGAGGAGGGUUUCCGUGUAUUAACAUUCACUCCACAUUACAGAGUAAAUCAUGUUAUAAUAAGAAGAAGAAGAAACAUUAUGACCUAAGUCAACAAACCAGCUAACAAAGUAGUUUGGAAUUAGUCUUCAAAUCAGGGAAGCCACUAUGUAGAUGCUAUGCUGUGGGAAUGUUUCUCUUUCAUGUUGUGUAAUUUUGUUUUAAGUUGUAGUUUAUAUAUAUAUAUAAGAAACACGGUGGCAUUCUGAAUCCAGUCAUUUUUUGCUUACAUUUACGUGAAGGUGAGUUGUAUAAUGGUCUUCACAGAGCUUAUUUUUGUAUUGUAUUUUACAGUGUUGUGCACCAGUGGACUUUGUACUGUAUUAUACAUUUCUGAAGUCUCAAAUGUUCAAUAUUUUUGCAUUUUACAGAUUUGAAUCCAUCAUAACACCUGACCAUUUAUAAUAGAUUGAAAUGUCAUGCAUAUGACGUUUUAUAAUACUGUAUGUUUAGCCAUAAUGUCUUCCAUCUGGAUAUGUACUGUAGUACUAUAAUUCCCGACACAGGCACAAUCGUGUCACAUAU